AUGGGCCUCAAUGGCCUUCCCCCUCCGGACUCGCGGGCAUGGGGCUCGCUCUUCCACCUCUUCAACCGGCCAUGGUUCUCGAGGAUAUGGUCGUCCAAGAAGUAUACUUCGACCAGCGCGCUCAGGGACAUGUCCAAGUAUUUCACCCAGACGCGCUUGAAUAUCAUAAACAUGCGCGGCGACCAUUUCGGCCGCCAGAACCAGCCCCCCCACAGUCUGCUGGAUGGAGGGAAGAGAUUCGACGCCACAGACCCGAGGGACAAAGUGUACGUGCUGAUGAACUUCCCCGCCUUCUGCAGAGAAGCGCUAGACCUGGUCCCCGAUUACUCCGCAACCGUGCAAGCAGUCUACGCCGACGCGACCGAGGCAUCGAUACGGCACAGCCAAAGCCUACACAUUCUGACAUGCGUCGACCGCGACCCCGAGAACCACCGGCCCGACACCAAACCCAACCUGUCCUCCGUGUGCAAUGUCCUCCACCUCUUGGGCUUCGAACUCGACACCAUCGCCGACGUGUGCGAAAUUGUCUCCCCAGGGAGCGCAGCCACCUCUUCAGCCGCCAAGCCCGCCGUAUUCACCCCCUCGGCACCCUGGGAGCCAUACAUCGUCCCAGGGGAUGGGCCAUACCCCACCGAGGCCGCCGUCGUCGCCGCGUACGUCAUGACGCUCACCGCCGGCUGCCGCGAGCACGACGGCGUCUUCGCGCUGCACUGCGCACCGGAGAUGGUUCCUGCCCAGUUCGUCGAGUUCGUCGCGUGGCUCCAGCGCCUUCGGGGCGGAAGCGGUGUCGACGGUGGUGGAGACGACGCCGCUGGGAGCCCUUACCCUCCAGGCCUGUACUCAGAAUCGCGGCCGUUCCUGCCUGAGGUGGCCUCCGCGGACGUAAACGCAUUGGCGGCGCAUUUCCGUACCAUGGUCGGAGCGUAUACCGUUGGCCGGUGCUUGUUCAGAACGAGGAAGGGGUAUCUGGGGCUGGGAUCGCAUGAGCCGCAGUCGGGCGACCUGGUGUGCAUCUUCUUCGGAGGCGCGGUGCCGUUUCUUUUGAGGCGGAGGGAUGGUGGAAGUGGUUAUGAGCUUGUCGGGGAUGCGUAUGUGCAUGGGGUGAUGCAAGGGGAGACUGGCGACAUGUGGCUGAGGGGCGAGACGGAAUGCCAGACAUUUGACUUGCGUUGA